AUGAACGUCGAAGUCGAAUCCAGCGCAAAGGCGCAUGGCCAGCUCCAGCAGACGCUCUGGGAGAUUUCCCAAUCGACCAAGUCAACUGUUUUGCCUGAUGCUUCCAGUCUAGCACGCGCACGAGCAACUCUUCCUAGUUCACUUAAUGCUAAUGGAAUCGGAUUCGAGUCCGCUAAGCGUCACAUCUUGGACGACAUUGUUCCAGCUUUCAACAACAGCAGCAUCAGUCCCCGGUACUACGGAUUUGUCACCGGUGGCGUUACCCCAGCUGCUCUUUUCGCCGAUAGUAUCGUUUCUGCCUAUGACCAAAAUGUCCAAGUACAUCUCACUGAGCAUACCAUCGCGACGGAUGUCGAAUAUUCUGCUUUGGGGCUUCUCCUUGAUCUCUUGAAGUUCGAUCGCAAAUGGCAAAACGGUACUUUCACCACUGGGGCGACAGCGAGCAAUAUCUUAGGGCUAGCUUGUGGACGAGAAUAUGUGCUACGGAGUGCCCUCACUAGAAAAGGCGUGACAUCCCUCCGAAGUGUGGGCGAGUCUGGACUGUUUGAAACUAUGCAAGCAGCAGGGCUUUCGGGUUUGCAGAUUCUCUCAACAAUGCCACAUUCGUCGCUUGUUAAAUCAUCAGGGAUCUUGGGGUUUGGCCGGGCCAACGUCAAGGACGUUUCCUCCAAGAAUGAUCAUCUCCGGUUCGACCUGGAGCUACUAGAAGAACAGCUUCAAAGGACAGACAAGGCGACCAUUGUCGCUGUGUCAUGCGGUGAGGUCAAUACCGGGCAUUUUGCCACAGGCGGGCUCGAUGAGAUGCGCACUCUACGAACUUUAUGUGAUAAGUAUGGAGCAUGGCUCCAUGUGGACGGGGCGUUUGGGAUCUUCGGUCGCAUUCUGCCAGAGACCCCAGAGUUCAGUGUCAUUAAGAAGGGCUGCGAGGGGAUUGAAUUAGCGGACUCUCUUGCAGGAGACGCCCACAAAUUUCUCAACGUGCCCUAUGAUUGCGGCUUCUUCUUCUGUCGGCACCAGGGCGUGGCUAUGGACGUCUUCCGGAAUGCCAACGCAGCGUAUCUAACAGGUGGUAAAAGCGAAGAACAGUCAAUACCGUCUCCGUUGAACAUUGGUAUAGAGAACUCCCGAAGGUUUCGAGCAUUACCCGUUUAUGCGUCCCUAUUAGCAUACGGAAGCUCCGGAUACAAAAAGAUCCUCGAGACACAGAUUCGACUCGCUAGACGGAUCGCAGGAUGGCUUUUUGACCACCCUAAAUACAAUGUACUACCUGAAGUAGAGGGGAAAGAAGAGCUGCUUGAGCGAACGUUUAUGAUUGUGUUGGUUAGCGCCAAGGACGACGACCUCAAUCGCCAACUUACGGUGAAGAUCAAUGCUACCUCUAAGAUGUUCGUCUCAGGUACCUCCUGGCAAGGCAGACCGGCCUGCCGCAUUGCCAUCUCCAACUGGAGGGCCGAAGAAACAGACUUUGAUAACGUGAGAGGGGUACUUGAAAGUAUAGUGGAAAUGGAUUAA